AUGAAAGUUUUCCAGUGGCUAGCAGGGAUGCUCAUCCUCACCUCUCUGUUGGCAGCCUGUUCCGGACAAAGUCCAAUGACUGUGCUGUGCUCCAUAGACUGGUUCAUGGUCACGGUACAUCCCUUCUUGUUGAACAAUGACGUAUAUGUGCAUUUUCAUGAGUUACACUUGGGCCAUGGUUGCCCUGCCAAUCAUGUUCGGCCACACGCCUACCAGUUCACCUACCGCGUUACUGAAUGUGGCAUCAGGGCCAAGGCUGUCUCUCAGGACGUGGUUAUCUACAGCACUGAGCUGCACUAUGCUUCGAAGAGUACCUCAUCGAAGUACAUGAUCCCAGUGUCAUGCACUGCCCCCCAAAAGUCCCCGUGGCUCACUACGCCCUGCUCUGUGAAACUAGCCAGCGAGGGAGGGACCACGGUCCAGAAUGGCAAGACAUGCUACGAGGUGUUCACAUUGUCGCAGUCCAGACAAAGGCCCAACUGUGAUUGUCCACCUUGUGUCUUCAACGAAGAAGAGCGUGUCCAGGCCCUACGUCACCAAGAAGAGGCUCAGGAGGGCCGUCCUGAGCAGUUUUCUCCCUUGGAAGAUAUUUCUCAGAAUUCAUCUCUUCACUCGGAUGACCUGAUUGAGUUCAUGUGA